UGGUGAUGGCACCAGACGGUGCCCCGCCUUUCACCCCCAACGGCCACCCCUGGACACCCGGGUCCUCGCAUUGGCCAGCGGCCGGCCAAGCAAACCUCAGAGGCCCCCUGGUCCUAGAACCACAGGCGCCCGGCUUGCCUCGAACGUGCAGAUGUCUUUCUUGUCUUGUUCGUCUGGUCUCAGCAGCACAGGGGCAAAUAUCUAUCUAGGACUAUUCUAUCUCUGACCACCACCUCAACUCCUCCAUCACCCUCAAAUCCCUCUUCCUCCCUCUUCCCGAAUCUGCGGUCACCCAGGACUCCCUACUCCGUAGUCAAGGACAACUCAUCGAGGACAGGACAGGACCGAUCUGGCCCGAUUCCAAACCGGCCAUAUCCCUAGCGAGCACCACACCACCCCACCACCUGAAAGCCGUGCCUUGCCUGCCUGCCUUAUCCGUGCGUUCCAUCGCUGUCGGCUCGCUGCUGUUCGUCGCACGAGCUCUUUCCACCGCACCGCACCGCACCGCAUCGCAUUUGGCCAUUUGCCCUCAGAUAUCUCGAAAGGGAACCUUUCUCAGCCCUACAUCCUCGAGAUAAUCAACAGUUGCAUUCGCACGACUCGACCGUCCGCCCACCGCCGAGUCUAGCAGCCCUGUUUACUCAACUAGCUGCCGCCCCGUUCCCCGCUAACCCCCCUCCUCUGCUGUGAGGUGACCCGACAGCGCAGGAGUUUCCAACAGGCCCAGAAUGGUCGCUUCAGACAAUCAGAGCAGCGAGGCCGCUGCGCCUCGGCCUCAACCACCAAACCUUACCCUGGAGUUCCCAUCACCACAGCCCUCGCCCGGCUCCUCCGUCCCAAAGAUGAACAGCGUUCCCCUCCUCCGUCCCGCCCUCCCAGGAGGCAACCGCUCCGGCGGACGUGCUCCCCGUCUCGGCCUCGCCAUCCCUCCAUCCCCCAACGCAAAACCACUCAGCAACCCCGGCCCGGCCCCAGGUAGACCAGCACUCCCGACUCUUCAUCUUGCUACCCCCAUGGGAAGCAGCAGCGUGGUCCCGCAAGAACAACCACAACACAUCAAGCCCGCCCUCAGUCUCCAAUCCGCCAGCGGCGGCAGCGAAUCCAGCGCCGCCCACUCCAGAUCCGGCUCUUUCGGCCCCUUUGAUGGCCGCGCGAGCAACCCAACCAGUGCCGGGUCGCAGUUCAGCGCUUUGUCGUUUGCUGAGCAGUAUGGCAUUGGGCCGACUAGACACGCCGGGACAGGGGACCCGGUAUCAGCUGUGGGAUCGCUCUACUCAAACGCCAGCGAGAGCGUCGGUAUGGAAAGAGAAAACAGCCUACACGGGCUGGAGAGCUUCGACAAGCUGAGCCUAGACAAGGCGAGGAGCGCGGAUGUGGAGGAUCUGGACGAUGAAGGCUGGAGGAUCGUGAGCAUGGAGAAGAGGAUUGUCGAGCUGGGGAGUUUGGGAGAGGGUGCGGGUGGUGCGGUGACGAGGUGUAAGCUCAAGGGGGGGAACACGGUUUUCGCUCUCAAGGUCAUCACAACCAACCCCGACCCCGACGUCAAACGCCAAAUCGUCCGCGAGCUCGGCUUCAACAAGGACUGCAUGUCGGAGCACAUCUGCAGGUACUACGGCGCCUUUGUCGACCCCUCGACCGCCACCAUCUCCAUCGCGAUGGAAUUCUGCGAGGGCGGCUCGCUCGACUCCAUCUACAAGGAAGUCAAGCGCCUCGGCGGCCGCACAGGAGAAAAAGUCCUCGGGAAGAUUUCCGAGGGCGUCCUCCAGGGCCUGACCUACCUCCACAGCAAAAAAAUUAUUCACCGUGACAUCAAACCGAGCAACAUCCUCCUCUGCCGCAACGGGGAGGUUAAGCUUUGCGACUUUGGUGUGUCGGGUGAGUUUGGCACCAAGGGAGAUGCCAACACUUUUAUCGGAACGAGUUACUACAUGGCUCCGGAACGGAUCACGGGGCAGUCAUACACCAUCACGAGCGACGUCUGGUCGACGGGCGUGACGCUGCUGGAGGUUGCGCAGCAUAGGUUUCCGUUUCCUGCGGACGGGACCGAGAUGCAGCCUAGGGCGGGGUUGAUUGAUUUGUUGACGUAUAUUGUGAGGCAGCCGAUUCCCAAGCUGAAGGACGAGCCCGAGGCGAGCAUUUUUUGGAGUGAUAGUUUUAAGUAUUUUAUUGAGUGCUGUCUGGAGAAGGAUCCGCUUAGGAGGGCAACGCCGUGGAGGAUGCUGGAGCACCCUUGGAUGGUGGAGAUGAAGACCAAGAGGGUGAAUAUGAGCAAGUAUUUGACGCAGGUUUGGGGGUGGGAUGAUAAGAAGUGAGGGGAAGAGUGUGAAGAUGUAGGAGAGUUGAGGAUAGAAGCCUCUCCGAAAUGGAAGGGGUGAUUGAAACGACAUUUUGACUAGGAAGAAGAGAAGAAGAUACUGGCUUGUUAUGGCUAGGAGUCACGGUCGGGGUUCAGGGGUGGUGAUCUGGUACGAUAUUUCCAACUUUAUCUUGGUUAGAUAUACGGACGGCAAUAUGGGAAUUGGGGUUGGGGUUGGGGUUGGGGGGCAGGUUGGCGCUGGCAGGAAGGGAUGGAUGAUGAUGUUGGGCCAACACGCACGAACUACAUUCUACAACGACGAAACACACACACACACACACACACACACACUCUUACUUACUUUACGCCUUCUUCUCUCUAUCCUUAAUGAUGAAUGCCUUGAGAUUUUAGGUCGAGUAUUUUACAUAAAGAUUUUACCGAGAUGAAAUAUAUACACGGGCUGGGCCUAUUUACAUUACAUUUUUCUUUGAUGCUGUGACAAUUGGGGAUGUGGGUGGCUUCACAAAUUACAAGGCGGUUUCAAGAUUGG